ACUGUACGCCAUGGUUUCCCCUAUCAACCUUCAGCCUUGGCAUUUGAUCCUGUUCAGAAAAUAUUGGCCAUCGGAACUCAGACUGGAGCACUAAGGCUCUUUGGUCGGCCAGGAGUGGAAUGCUACUGUCAACAUGACAGUGGAGCUGCAGUAAUCCAGCUUCAGUUCCUGAUUAACGAGGGAGCUCUUGUGAGUGCCUUGGCUGAUGAUACCUUACACCUGUGGAACUUGCGUCAGAAGAGACCUGCUAUACUUCAUUCACUCAAAUUUAAUCGAGAACGGAUAACAUUUUGUCACCUGCCUUUCCAAAGUAAAUGGCUAUACGUGGGCACCGAAAGAGGAAACAUUCACAUUGUCAAUGUGGAAUCAUUUACUCUCUCAGGCUAUGUCAUCAUGUGGAAUAAAGCCAUUGAACUGUCAUCCAAAUCUCACCCAGGACCUAUUGUCCACAUCAGUGACAAUCCAAUGGAUGAAGGAAAGCUUCUGAUUGGCUUUGAGUCUGGAACAGUGGUAUUAUGGGAUCUGAAGUCAAAGAAGGCAGACUAUAGAUACACUCAUGAUGAGGCUAUCCACUCAGUGGCUUGGCAUCAUGAAGGAAAACAAUUUAUUUGUAGUCACUCAGAUGGUACCUUGACCAUAUGGAAUGUAAAGUCUCCUACCAAACCAUUCCAGACAAUUACUCCACACGGAAAGCAGCUGAAGGAUGGAAAGAAGCCAGAACCCUGCAAACCUAUCCUUAAGGUGGAAUAUAAAACAACUAGAGCUGGGGAGCCGUUCAUCAUUCUCUCAGGAGGCUUAUCGUAUGACACUGUAGGAAGACGACCCUGUUUAACAGUUAUGCAUGGGAAAAGUACUGCUGUGCUAGAAAUGGAUUAUUCUAUUGUUGAUUUUCUAACUCUCUGUGAAACACCAUAUCCUAAUGACUUUCAGGAACCAUAUGCUGUAGUCGUUCUCCUAGAAAAGGACUUAGUACUGAUUGACCUUGCACAAAAUGGGUAUCCUAUAUUUGAGAAUCCCUAUCCUUUGACUAUACACGAAUCUCCAGUUACCUGUUGUGAAUACUUUGCUGAUUGUCCUGUGGACCUCAUACCUGCUCUCUAUUCAGUUGGCGCUCGACAGAAACGUCAAGGUUACAGUAAGAAGGAAUGGCCUAUCAGUGGAGGCAACUGGGGUCUGAUCACUCAGAGCUAUCCAGAGAUAAUUAUUACAGGGCAUGCUGAUGGGUCAAUCAAGUUCUGGGAUGCCUCAGCAAUAACACUGCAAGUACUCUAUAAGCUAAAAACGGCCAAAGUAUUUGAAAAAGCACGGAAUAAAGAUGACAGACCUAACACAGAUAUAGUAGAUGAAGAUCCGUAUGCUAUUCAGAUCAUCUCCUGGUGUCCAGAAAGCAGAAUGCUGUGCAUAGCUGGAGUUUCUGCUCAUGUCAUUAUUUACAGGUUUAGCAAGCAGGAAGUCACCACGGAAGUCAUUCCGAUGCUGGAAGUACGUCUGUUAUAUGAAAUAAAUGAUGUUGAGUCCCCAGAUGGUGACCAAGUGCCACCUUUACCAACUCCAGGCACAGGUUCCAAUCCUCAAUCCAUUGUUCCCCAGUCACACCCAUCUACUAGUAGCAGUUCAUCUGAUGGACUUCGUGAUAAUGUCCCAUGUUUAAAGUAA